UCUUCAAUGAAUUUGGGAGGGGUGAUUAGUGGAAUGCGUGUGUAUUUCCAAAUUCCGGAUUUUGGCUUUAUUUUAUGAUUAUCAGUUUUUACGUAGUGUUAUUACGAAAAUGUGCACAUAAUAGACUAUUCUAAUAGUGUGUAACAUCAGUUGCUCAGUUUGAUCGUUUUCUAUGGGCGUCGAUAAUCAUGCAAAAUGGCCAACGAUUUGUGGUCAUGUACCUGUUGUACGGAGGCUUUGACAUGCUGGCUGCGUCUAAAGCUGUCGCCAGAAGAGAUAGAGCAGCGGUACAGAAGCAAGGAGAUCGAUAGGAUACUGGAGAAAGACAAACAGACUCUGCGGCGGCAAGUUAAACUGCUGCUGCUCGGCGCAGGUGAAAGCGGAAAGUCAACAUUCCUGAAACAGAUGAGGAUUAUACACAAAGUGAAGUUCGAGCCGGAGCUGGUGCGCGAGUAUCAGCAUGUGAUAUACCAGAACAUAGUGAAGGGCAUUCAGGUGCUGGUGGAUGCGCGCGAUAAGCUGGCCAUCCCGUGGGAGAACCCGCGUAACCUGGACAUCGGCCAGCAGGCGUUGCACUUCAACAGUUCCGCCACGCUGGACAGCCGGCUGUUCAUGCAUUACGCGCCCCACAUACACUCCUUGUGGUUGGAUAGAGCCAUCAAAAGGGCGUACGACAGGCGAAGAGAAUUUCAAUUGAGCGACUCGGUGAGCUACUUCUUCGACGAGCUGGAGCGUAUCGCGCGGCCGGACUACAUCCCGUCACAACAGGACAUCCUCCACUGUCGGAAGGCCACCAAGGGUAUCACAGAAUGCACCAUCAACAUCAACAAUGUCCCCUUCGUGUUCGUCGACGUGGGCGGACAAAGGACGCAGCGGCAGAAGUGGACGCAAUGCUUCGAUUCUGUCACCUCCAUACUUUUCCUCGUAUCGUCUUCGGAAUUCGACCAGGUGCUGUCAGAAGAUAGGAAAACGAAUCGUCUCUUGGAGUCGCUGAACAUCUUUGACACAAUCGCUAACAACACGAACUUCAAAGGCAUUUCCAUCAUUCUGUUCUUGAACAAGUCUGACCUUCUAGCCAAGAAGGUGGUGAGCAAAGAGACGGACAUCCGCUGGUACUACCCGCAGUUCACGGGCGACCCUCACAACCUGCGCGACGUGCAGAUGUUCCUGCUCAACAUGUUCGCCAACGUUCGGAGGGAGCCCAAGACGACGCUCUACCACCACUUCACCACAGCCAUAGACACGCACAACAUCGAGGUCGUGUUCAACUCCGUCAAAGACACCAUCCUCAACAGGAACCUAGAAUCUCUCAUGCUGCAGUGACGAAUGCGCCCAAACUGUUUCAUUUCCAAAGUGUUUAUCUUGUGUUGAACUUAGGAAUUGUUAAAUUGUGAUAUCUUUGCAAUAUUCAGUUGGACGUUUUGUGUUGCGAGUCCUGUUUGAUGUAUGUUCGGCACCGGAUUGCCAACCAGCAUAAUAGUUAUUGCACAGAUGAAAGACAACGCAUGUGAUGUAUUAGUGACGAGACUACGAGGCGCCUCAAAGACGGCCUAGUUUAUAGCGACGGUUGUAACAUAAGUAAUUUGGCACAUUAUCAUUUACCAAAUUAAUAUUUGGUAAUGCUAUGUAUAUUAUAUUGUAAUGAUACAUUUGUAUAUCAGUAUAUUUAUGACCAAAAAUGUAGAUUUUGCACUUGAAAUAUAUUAUUAUGAUCACUUUUGGACAAUUUUACGUGUGUAACUACGCUAUAUGUAAUUACAUGCGGUCAAGGGAUUAGGUAGUUACUACACAGUAUACUCCAUAUUGUACACAUUAGAGUUAGAGAUGAUUUGUAUACAAUGCAUAGUGGAUAUAGUACUUUGUCAUGGACAAAAUUUAGGAAUGAAGCAAAUUGGACCUUGAAAUUGAACAUGUUUGAUUGAGAUUUGGGAAGUUGAUAGGUCCUUGUUGCAGUGCCAAGCUGAGACUAGAUGCAUUACUAUACUAGGGUGUAGUUGUCGGCUAAUAUAUCAGUAAGUAGUAGUGAAGUCACAAAGAGAUUGCUCUAACAAGGUGCCACAAAUUAAGGACAUUGCUUGUUUUAUUUGAAAGACUUACGCAGUCCCUUCAGGGAAUAAAAUGUAUAUAAAGCAUCGGUUCAUGAAAUUCUUUAAACACUGUGAUUGAAAUUUGUAUAAAAGUAUUAGGCUGUAAACAGCAACGAAGGUUUUUUACACUAUUUUACAAUAAAUUCAUUUAUACGCUCAAUAUCAUUUACAUCAUGUUAUCGCGCAGAGAUUGUGAGGCUCACAGAUGUGUAUAUUAUGUGAAUGAUUUUCAUUAUUUUUCGAGAAUUAAGUUUUCAGUUUUCUAUUCUUAAAUAUAUUCCGUCCCUUGGCACAAUUUGAAGCAAAGACGUUGUAAUCUCACUAGUGUCUAUCGUGUAUAUUUUAUUUACAUUGCUAUGAAGGACUUUCCAAGGUACGUUCCCCAAAAAAAUAAUAUUACGCUGUAUAAAAUUGCGUUUAACCGUCCAUUUUCACGGAUAUCAGACAUAUACAAUUUUUUAUAACUUUUAUCUUUGUUUUUGGGUAUAAAACAUGACCUUUUUUAUUACACCCAGGUACAAUUAUAACCUCCACCCAUUAUUAUUCUCAUUAAAAUAAAGAGAAGCAAUAUAGGUAGCAAUAUCAUUCUAUGUAUAAUGUGAUCCAAAAUAUCAAGCUACAAUUAGUUUUAUAUAUGUUGCUGCCAUUAUAUUAGGUUUUUGAAUAAUUAUGUACCCCAGCAAUGAGAAAAUAAGUAAUCAGAAUAAGAAUGGAUCGAAGAUAGAUUAUUAUUAUUCUGAUCAAAAUUAAGAGAAGUAAUAUAGGUAGCAAUAUAAUUUUAUACAUAAUCUGAUCCACAGGCAACACAUAUUUUUGUUUAUGCUUCUGUCAUUAUAUUGUUUUUGGAUUAUGAUGUACCCAAGUAAUGAGAAAAUAGGUAAUUAUCACGUUAAGUUUGGACAGCGCCAUCUGUAUUCCUUUUGGGGUAUGAAGCCUGAAAAGUCCUUCAUUUUGUACAAUAAAUAUAAAUAAUUUCAACAAAGGGCACAAAUAUAGUCCUUAUUGAUCGAAUGUUAAUUUUAAAGAUCAGGUGGAAUUAAUGAAUUGAUCUGAUUUGAUGAUUAUAUUUUUAUGAUGCAUAAUUUCGAUCAUAAUAAUUAUACUCAUUUAGCCUUGUAAGUUUCGUAAGCUUUAGUAUAUUUAUUUGAAAAACAUAGUUGGUAAAAUUUAAUUUUUAUUUACAAAUUUUAGAUAAAACGUAUCUAUUUAUUCCGUGUAAAUUUUAUAUGAUGGUUUAUUUGAGGCUAUCUUUGUAAAUACCUCUUUAGUUAUAUUCUGUAUAUCAUUUGGUAUUUUCAGGGCUCUCGUGUUUCGUUUUCUUAAAGAUCGGUUUGUUGUGGAAAUUCCCUUAGAUCCGGGAUAAGACUGGUAAAACAGCCGUCUUAAAGGAAACUGAAGUGUCGACGAGCGUUUUAGUUUUAUUUUAGUUGUUAUCUCACUGGGGCUGAGUCGGUACGUCGUAAGGUUGUAUUUUUCCAUUAACAGUGAUAACUUGCAUUUAAUAGUGCCAUCGUGUGGUGCAAACCGAAAACCACUUAAAAUUAUUCAAAAUUUGUGUCAACACUUCUUAUAAAACGUGUCUGUAAUCUCGGAGUAUUGUACAACAGUCAUGUUACAUAUAAUUUACGUCGGAAUGUUUUGACAAGGUCUCCAUGAGGGACUUUCCAAUCGGCGUUUCCCAAAAACACGAUAGAUGGCGUUGUUUUUUCUACGUAAACUUCUAAUUUCAUGGAUAACAUACAUUAUGCAUCUUUUAUCUUUGUUUUUGGGUAUAAAUGACCCUUUUUAUUACGGGUUCCCCAAAAACACGAUUUAACCUCGUAACGCCGAAGCAUAAUUACGAUUUCGAAGUAAUAAACGACGGUGGUACCUUGAAAAGGACCAAAUUUUUGUAGUCGUAAAGGCCGAGCACUUCAAGUACAAAUUUUAAAGUGUUAGAGUUAUCCGAUCGGGUUCAAAUUAAGUGGAGACCUAUGUAAGGAUGAAUAGAAGACAUUUUUGAAAAAAAAUACGUUUUUUUUUAGUUCUUCCAGAAGGACUCCCGGUUUGAGUCACUACUUUUAGUAAAAUUUGAAAAAUAUUAUUAUUAUAAAGGGUUAUGUAUUUUUUCAUUAACAUACAUACCUAUUUGUACGUCAUAAAUAUGUGUAUAUACUUACAUAUUUAAAUAUAAAAUAAGUAACGAGUUUUAGUUUUUAUGAUGUAGUUUGUGAUUAGUCCCUCUGGAAGUACAUUAGGUUUAUAUUAUUAGGAAAAAUAAUAAUUCAUGGUGUCAGUUUAGAUCAUCAUUAGAAGGAAAAAGGAAAUAAAAUGAAGACGGUAGUUUUUUUUUAAUCAUAAGAUCACGUAAGCAAGUCAGUCUAUAUCGGUAUUAUUUAAUCACAUAUAACAAUUUAAAAAACUUUUUGAAAAAUAUCCGGACAUGACACCUAAAGUCCCUUGCAAAGGACUAAAAAAGUUUGCUUUCAUAUUGCUAACGAUAUCGAUACAAAAUUGAUAAAAUAACUAUGUCAUGUUGUUGAUUAUUAUCUUACCUGCGAUUUCUGAAAAUAAUGUGUAUGAAAAACUACGAAAUUCGAUUAUUAACUUGAUUUUUUUUUUACCUCGUCGCCGUGUGCGCGCCAUCUUUACCAAUAAAAUGACAAAUUACGACAAGUGAUACAUAUUUCUUUUUUAUUAAAGCCACCUAUUCACGAAAUUGAAUGAACUAGUUCAUAGACAAAAUACUUUUUUUCUCAAUCGACGCAAAGGUUUGAAUUAAAUUGACAGGCAAAGUUUUGGUACUUUUAAAAGUACCUUCGUUGAUUAUUAGAACAAACUAUUUCAAAACCUUCGGCCUUUAUGACUACAAUUAUUUGGUCCUUCUCAGAGGACCCCAGGGCUUACGAGGAUAAGGCGUUGUUAUUACACCUAGGUACAAUUACAACUUCCACCCAUUAUUAUUCUCAUCAUAAUAAAGAGAAGUAAUGUAGGUAGCAAUGUCAUUCUAUACAUAAUGUGAUCCAAAUAUCAAACAACAAUUAGUUUUAUAUUAUGCUUUUGCCAUUUCAUUUUUGAAUAAUUAUGUUAAAUGUAAAAUAAGUAAUCACGUUUAAAGUGAACAACGCCAUCUAUCGUGUGUUUGGGGAGCGUCGAUUGGAAAGUCCUUCAUUGCAAUAAUGAUACGAACUUUUGAUAAGUUUACAAAAAUGUUUAAGUAAAUGCAUAAUACGCGUGGCGAUUCGGAAGAUAAAUGCAAUGAAAAUAAAUGGUUUUCUAUGUACAAUACAAUGUUAUAAUAAAGGAUUGCAACGCGUAUUGUGAGGUGUAAUAGCGUGACAAAUAUGAUUUUAUAGUUAUUUGAUUGUUUCGUGGAGAGUGGGGAGUUGAAACAUGGGUCUCAAAUAGUAGCGAAUAGGUCGGGCCGCUGUGAUGGUGUUAUAGGCUGCUGUUAAUAUUAGCUACCGAAAUUCAUUCACUGUUAAACAAAAAUGUAAUUGGACAAUGGUGUCAAUGGUUAUGAUUUUAGAUACUCAUUGAAAUUAUGAGGUCUUUUUCUACAAAUAUCACACGAAAUAUAAGCCUCUCGAAUAUUUAAAGUGAAAAGGCUUGGAUCGUUAUCAUAUAAUUUAUAAUUAACUUAUUACUGGUGCUGAUUCCUGUACACACCGUCUAAUUUUAUUUUGUUAUACCUGUCAUUUUCUUAUCCGCUGAAAAAGAAAGGGACGGGUGGUUACCCUGAUUGAUAGGCUUAAAAAUGGAACACACGUCAAUUUUAAGCAGAAAUUAAAAAAACCCUAAUUUUAUAUUGGCCAAUAACCCGACAGAAUUAAGUUGACAAGACAUCUCUAACGGGUUGCAUAUUAGAAAGGUGCCUAUUUCGUUCGCUCGGGUUAUCCGUUCAUUUUAAAAUUAACAGUUGACAUUCAUCCGUCCCUUUCCUUUUCUGUGGAUAAGAAAAUGAGAGGUAUAACUUGAAAUUAGGAUGUGUCUGCAGGAAUCUGGGCCACAAGAAUAUUUACGCGGACAUUCCAUACAAAAAUCUUAUUCUUACCGUGUGCUGCGCGUGUGAGUGAGAUAGAGUCCGCGUAGUUUCCCCCAUACUCCUUAGUGGCUUACGGUGGUGAGUUCCUCCGGUCAAGUAGUUAAUGCAAUCUACGGCAAAAGUCACGUCAAAAAAAAAAAUGGUGAGUUCCGCGCCCGAUACGAAUUGGUGCGAGGCGGAGAGUUACCGUUCUAUACGUGUAGUAUUAUUCUAUAUUAUAUUGUAUUCGGUAUUACUCUAAAUUCAAAUGACCAUCCAUAUAUCAUGAUACCUUCACGUUAAAACCCGCUAAUAAUUAUCAUUGCCUUCAUUACGUCGCUUAUAUUUCGUGUGGAACAACUAGAAAAGGUGCAAACAUGUAUGGUGUUAAUUCGUAUUUUUGAAUCAGAUGUAUAUUUUGCCUCUCUUUCAAAAUAACAAAGAGGGAUAGAGUCAGAAUAUAAUCUUAUUUGGGUUGAUAGUCUAGAGGAAUUAAAAUGGAUGUUACAGUGAAUGUAUCGCGGUAGCUGAAUAGAGUUAUUUAUAGAUUGUCAAGCUUGGGGUGCCAAUUUCUUACAUUGCUCGAAAAAAUAUCCAUUUAGACCUAAAAAUAUGUGGUUAUAUCAUUUAUAUAAACAGAGAAUCAUGUUGGGAUAUUUUUUAUACAAGUAAGGAUUAGCCUCUAUAGCUAAGAUGGCUGCGGCAACACUGACUAAGUGGUGAUGAUUUUUAAGUACAAUUUCUCAAUGUAAUAAUAAUAUAAUUAAAAGCAAUGUAAACGGUCAAAGAACGUUAUUUAUAGAGUAUCUGUUAUUUUUAAACUUUUUAUUUGGAUUAUUUUUCUAAUAAUAAUAAAUUGAUGGUUCAGUGUGGACGCAGCCGGAGUGUAGGCGGUUAGAAAGAAACGCUACGAAUUUUAAUAUACGUUAGGAGUCGUAUACACUCAUGUUAUUGUAUGCUAGAGUGUUGACAAUACCUUUUGGAAUUCCUCUAUAUUUUGUAUACAGCCCAAUAUUUAUUGUACAGUGUAAUAAAAUACCAUGCAUGUA